AUGGCGCCGGGAACAUCUCCCCGCAAUAUCGCACAAAAGCCACGCCUCUUCAAUGGAAGCGAGCUCCGUCGCUUCGAAGACUGCGCCAACGAAAACGAGACCCUGGCGGAUUGCUGGGCAGGCAACCAUAUCGUCAUCGUAGCCUGCGAGCUAUCAGACAGGUACCAGUACGCCGACCAACGCAAUUCCAGAGCGAUAGAGAUAAAUGUCAUGUCACCCGCGGACAAGCCUAUAUGGCGAUCCUUACCUCUGGAUGACAAGAAGCACGACGCCUUCAAGAAACAUUGCAGCACCAGGACAAUUCGUAUGCUAGAGAAGUCGAAAGUCAAUAAGAGCCUCCAGCCAAAACCAUGGUCGUGGUACAACGCUGCCGCUGCGCAUGAGACGUUUGAGCUCUACGAGGAAGAGGCGAGGGCCAAGGCUCAAGAGGCGUUUGAUGCGCUGGGUGGUCCGGCGUACGCGACGGUGUGCGUUGUGAGCUACGAUCUUCGGGAGACCAUGGCCGCGCUGGAGUUGUUCAAGGUCAGAUUGCCCUCUUCUAAGGUUGUGUUUGUGGACUUGAUCAAGGUACUGGAGCACCAGACGAGGGGCGAGGGGGUUAUCCCAGAGCAGCUGAGGAAGUAUACAAACGGCAACAUUGCGAUGAGGAACGGGAAACUCGAUAGGCGGCCUGGGGCGCCGAGGGGCUAUCUCGGGAUGCCGAGUAUAAGGUUGUUGGAGGUGGUUGGGCUUGCUGCUGAGAGCCAUAGGGCGGACCAUAAGAAGCUCGAAAAGGGGAAUUUGGCUCUGGAGAGGAUUACCAAAAGAAUUCGCAACGGAUAG